UCAGUCCCUCUCUCUAAAUUCUUCAGAGCUAAGCAAUUGAAAAAAAUGGAUAGCAAAAAAGCAGUGCUGAAGAGCAACUCAAUAUUUGGUGCAAGAAAAAUGAAGAAAAGUGAAUCAGUACUGGCUUUGGAGGAGCUGUUUGCAUCUCAUGAAGAGAUUAACCAUCAAAACAAACCUCACAUUUUUGGAAGCUCCGAUCAACAUUCUUUCCUCCCCAGUCCCACACACAACGCGCAUUUUCCUUUCAAAAAUUCGGAGAUUCCACAUGAAUAUUCAAGCAUUACCUCCUCCUUCACAGAUAAUUACCAAUUCUCAGCUUCUCCAAAUCUUAAUCCUAAUCCAACCACCGCCGUCGACUCGCCAUUAUCCAUAUGCGUUGACAGUCAACGAUCGGACGAAGAAGAAUACAUCGAACAAUACACCAACAAACCCUCUGACGACACCAAACGCAUCAAAAGGAUGGUUUCAAACAGGGAGUCUGCUCGUCGUUCGAGACGACGAAAGCAGGCGCAUUUGAGUGAUCUUGAAGAGCAAGUUGAGCAGUUAAGUGGUGAGAAUGCAUCGCUCUUCCAACAGAUGGGCGAGGCAUCUAACCAGUUCAAAGAUGCUGCUACUAAUAAUCGGCUCCUUAAAUCCGACGUUGGAGCUCUCAGAGCUAAGGUGAAACUAGCUGAGGAUUUGUUGGCACGUGGCUCAUUGACGUCGAGUUUGAGCCAUCUUCUUCACAACUAUCUCAACACACCAGAGGAUGACUAUAUAUGAUCUCUAUGUGUGUGUGCCAGUGUGUGUGCGCUUGUUAGUUUAUAUCUAUAUAUAUAUAUAUAGUAAAUCCUAAGUAUGAUAUGUGUGUGUUUGUUGCAUGUAUUGUUAGAUUGCUAAUUUGUUGGUGACUUUUACAACAGAUAAAGAUGUGUUAAUUUGUGUGAAUUCAUGAUCGGUGAUGUACCGAACUGAGCAUGUUGUGUUAAAAUCUUUUAAAUAUUGUUUCACAUCAAUUUGGUGAUGA